AUGGGUAGUGCUUGGUGGCAGUGCACCGCAUGUCUGAGAGCACAAGAAGAAGAUAUUUGUGAAUUGCAGUUGAACCAUUGUAAUCUUUAUGAUGUACCACCUGAUGUGUUCAUUUACGAAAGAACAUUGGAAAGGCUCUAUCUGGAUGCGAAUAGAAUAAAGGAUCUUCCAAGGCCGCUGUUUCAGUGCCAUGAAUUGCGAGUACUAUCCCUUAGUGAUAAUGAAGUCACCACAUUACCACCCGCCAUAGCAUCAUUAAUUAACUUGGAAUAUUUAGACCUCAGUAAAAAUAGUAUUAAAGAAUUACCAGACAGUAUAAAAGAAUGUAAAAACCUUCGUUCCAUAGAUAUCAGUGUUAAUCCUUUUGAACGUUUCCCAGAUGCUAUUACACAUAUUGUUGGAUUACGGGAAUUAUAUAUAAAUGAUGCAUACAUAGAAUAUCUACCAGCUAAUUUUGGAAGACUCUCAGCUCUGAGAACACUGGAGCUUAGGGAGAACAACAUGAUGACAUUGCCAAAGAGUAUGAGCCGUUUGAUAAAUUUGCAAAGACUUGAUAUUGGUAAUAAUGAUUUCACUGAAUUGCCUGAGGUUGUUGGUGAUCUUAUCAAUCUCACCGAGUUGUGGAUAGACGGAAAUGAUAUUAAACGUAUACCAGUCAACAUCAACCAACUGUAUCGUUUGAAUCAUUUUGAUUGCGCAAUGAACACGAUUCGUGUUAUUCCGUCGGAAGUGGAAGGCUGGAGAGAUAUUUCGAUUAUGCAUCUUUCUUCCAAUGAAAUUUAUCAGUUACCGGAUUCUCUUUGCUAUCUACGUACAAUCGUGGUCCUCAAAGUUGAUGACAAUCAAUUGAACGCACUGCCAAAUGACAUAGGACAGAUGUCAAACUUAGAGGAGCUUAUAGUUACUAAGAACUUCCUUGAAUAUUUACCAUCAUCAAUAGGUCUUUUACGAAAACUACACUGUUUGAAUGCAGACAAUAACUACUUGAGAUGCCUUCCACCGGAAAUUGGAAGUUGCACCGCAUUAUCGUUACUCUCGUUGCGAUCAAACAAUCUAACCCGGGUCCCGCCCGAAUUAGGUCACUUAUCCUCGUUAAGGGUACUUAAUCUUGUGAACAAUUGCAUUAAGUAUUUGCCCGUUUCUAUGUUGAACUUGAAUAAUUUGAAAGCCUUAUGGCUGAGCGACAAUCAAAGUCAACCACUGGUGCCACUGCAACAGGAGUUUAAUUGUGAGGAAGACAUGAUGGUGUUGAGCUGUUUUAUGCUUCCACAAAACCCGCGGCAGGAACUUGAGCAAAUACCGCCGGCUAUAGGACUGAUUUCGAGUUCAAUUGUUGGUACCGGAAAAAGAAUAUGUUUCGCUGCUGAGGUAGAAUCUGAAAUCCCUAGACAACUUCAUCGAGCACCGACACCUUACCCUAAAGAGCUGCGCAACCUCGCUAGGCAUGCCCGCAAUUUGCAACAUCAAUCUGCUCACGAUCAAAGAAUGCAUUUAGAACAGGAGACACUGAUCAAAGAAGCUAUUAUUGCAAAAGCUACUACUACUCUGGACCUUGCCACAAAAACUGGGACCUGUUUUUCGCAAAGUUUCUCUAAUAAGGGUUCACAUUCUUCACUUUCACCUACUGAGCGUCAUACAUCAAAAGGGUACAAGAAUGGUAGCCCUACGGAUGCUGGAACAGAGCAGUCAGUGUCAGAGGAAUCUUCGGACGAAGCAAAUAAGACAGUACUUGCGAAAGAAAAGAGUCCGGACAUUCGAGAAGCAAAGUAUAUUCGUAACCCUACAUCCGAGUAUCUUUCUAAGACACCGACAGUAGCUGAUUAUGUGAAUUCUACGUGGAAACCAGACGAAUACUCGAAAGCAAACACAGCAAAAAUUGUGGAGUCAGAAAAGUUUGCUGUAGUUAGUAACAAUGCUGAUCAGACGCAUAUUCAGACGCCGAAAUUAAAUGAAAUUCCCCCAGUUCCGCCACCGUAUCACAUUGCUGCUGCAUUUUCCAAGAAGGCAGCACUUUUCCAGCAGUUAAACCAAUGUCAAUCGGACCCGCCAACGAUCGUCUCUCCGCAAACGGAUCUCGACAUAUCAAAUUUAAAAGUAUCCCAGGAAACUCAAUUACAAAAUUAUGAUGAAAAUGAGGAAUCACUUAAAGCGGAAGAAUAUGUGCGUUUAUGCAACGAAAAGUUUUCAUCGAAUAGCAUGAACACAUCAGACGUGACUGUUAGUAAUGGGAAAACAAGUUCUCCGGAAACUCCCGAUCAGACCCACCUAUUCACAGAACCAAGUGAUCAGGAGCAGUCGUUCGAAGGGGAUCGAUCGUUGAAGCCGAGCAGAAUUCCAAUUCUAAAGACAAAGCACCUAGAAUCCACGAAUUCUAUAUCUAACAGUGAUUUAUCUAACAAAUGUAUGAAUUCUUCCACUGAAGAUUACGAGAGUUUGAAAAUUUUGAAUUCGUCGUGUAUACCUACAUCCCCUGUGACAGGAAAGAAGUAUCGGAGUCCGAUCUCUAUGCAGCCGAAAUUCUCAGAUCGUUCGAAGAAAAUAAUGAACGGAACCAUUUCCAACAAUAAUACAUCGUGCGACAAUCUAGCGUCACUGAAUACAAUGAAUUCUAAUCUGGUUGCAAGUUUGACCAUAGAAUGCCAGGAUACCACUUUGAAAAGUAUUUCCAACGACAUAACGAAUGCAAACAGCCCUAUUAGUAUAAAGAACGAUGCUAACUCCGGUCGAAGUACACCAAUUUCAUUGAACAAUAAAUCUCUGAACGACGUUAACAAUUCGAACAUUGAUAAGUACAAAGUUAGUGGAAUAAAUGAUUCUAUAAAUUUUGAUAGGAAACCGAGGUUCAAAUGGAUGUUCGGCCCACAUAAAAAUGCUAACGUAUUGCCUGUUCAAGUUAGAAAAAACCCAGGCCUCGGUUUCAGUAUAGCUGGUGGAGUAGCUGGCGCAGAAACUGGAAUCAUUGUGACCAAAGUCAAUCCAGAUGGUCCAGCUCAAGGUACGCUUCGACCGGGAGACAAGAUUUUGGAAGUAGAUGGUAUAGAUUUCACUAAGUCUGAUCACAAUAAUGCUGUGGCUGUUCUUCGAGCGACCGGUGCAGUGGUAUCCAUGAUGAUCAGUCGCCACCAAUGACAUCAAAUUAAC